AUGGUAUCAAAAGUAGCUUUAUUUCAUCAAUGGAUAAGUUUAAUGAAUAAAAUUAAAUCAGAAACAAUACCAACGAUUUAUUAUGAUGCUAAACAAUUAGCUAUAGAUUAUCAAACAGCUAAAAUUAAAGUUAAUCAAGCAUUUGAAAAUUGUGGAUCUGGUCUAUGGAUUAAAAAACCAAAUGAACAAGAUGAAUUUGAUUUAUCAUUCUUCAAUGUAUCGUUGUCUUCACAAAGAAAUGAAUCGAUUGUAUCCGUUGAUUAA